AUGACGAGGUUGAGAAAAUUGCAAAAAAUGGAAGGGCAAAGGAGAAGUCCACGACUAUCUGCAUUGGAGAGUGGUGGAAGUGGUCAUUCAAAGUCUUGCAUAAAGUCUCACUUGGAUAAUGAUCAGGGACCUGCAUCGCGAACUAGGGGCAUAAAGAAGAGAAAACUCAAGCCACUUCAACAAGUCACUGCAACAACUUCACCAAACGAGGGUGUGAAACAUUCUCUCCAUGAAGAUCAACCAUCAAAACUGUCAUCGUCAACUAUUUUGCCGGAGAAAAGAUUACUUGAACUUGUCCUUGACACUUUACAAAGGAGAGACACCUAUGAAAUAUUUGCCGAACCAGUUGAUCCAAAUGAGGUUCAGGAUUAUUAUGCAAUCACUAAAGAGCCUAUGGAUUUUGGCACCAUGAGGGCUAAACUUCAUGAAGGGAUGUAUAAGAAUCUUGAACAAUUUGAGGUUUACAACCUUCAUUUUAUUUUAUAUGCUCAUCAUGAUGUUUUUUUAAUAUUCAACAAUGCGAUGAAUUUUAAUUCUUCUGGGACCAUAUAUUUCAGGCAGGCUCGUGUAAUAAAUGAACUAGCUAAGAAAGUUUUUGAUGUAUUAAAAACUGAUCCUGAUAAGUUUGAGUUGGAGUUCUCAGAAACAAAGCGAAAAGUUGGUCGAAGAAAUCAAGGAGAUUUAAUGAAUUCAACAGACAUGAAAUCCAGUGAAAUAACUAUUGGUGUGACCUCAAAAACCGCAUCAUGUUCUUCCCGUGGUACAUCAAACCGGAAAAUCUUUAAGACAAAUCAUGGAUGUUCUGAUAUUGCUAAACAUGUUGAUGCUAGAGAUGUUGAGUUUCCUAUAGGUACUAAAGAUGGUAGCAGGUGUAGAUCUAUGGAGGUUGAUAGGCGUUGUACUUAUAGACCAUUGUCCCUUGAUGGGGAUGAGUCAAUAUUUUCAACAGUUUAUGGUAAAUUGAAACAUCUUGACCCUGUUAAUCAGCAAGAUCAUGUUGGCUACAAAGAUAGCUUGAUGAUGUUUGUUAAAGAUUUAGGACCCACUGCUCAAAAUAUAGCCAAAAGGAAAUUACUUGGAUGUGAAAUUCGUACAGCAGCAUCUACUUCUGCUCCAUGGAGACCAAACACUUUUAAUACAGUUCCUACUCCUUCCCUCAUAUCUCAGUAUCCCUUAGAGGGUAAUACUCACAUGUGGUGCGAUAAAGUGUUCCCAAAUCAGAGUUUUUGUUCUGAAGAUUUGAAUUGCUCCAAAGAAUCUGGAAACAAGUCUAGGAUGAUGUUAUUGGAGAAUCAAGAACAACGGUCGGUGUCAAUUACAGAGAACUCUCAAACUAAUGUGUUGGAAAACAAUUGCAAGUUUCAUUCACGACCUUGGCAACUAGAAAGUAGUAGUGAUGUUUCAUGUCUAGUUCAAGAUAAAAGCCAAAUGCAAAAGUCAAGUUCAGAGUGUGUAUUGAGUGAUCGUAAAAAUAUAGAAACACAUGAGAUUAGUUGCUCAUAUAAAGCAAUGGAAACUGUGCCACUGGCUUCCGGUUUUGUUUUCGAUCUUCCUUAUUUGAAGACACGACUUGAUCAAAUAAAAUCCUCAAGAGCAAUAUAG